GUGUCGUUUUACAAUACACCCACCCACAGCCGAAGAGUAAAACGUAAAAUCUCCUCUCUGUUUCCGACUCCACUUUUUCCACCUCUUUAGCUCUUCUCGCACAGUCGAAGGCUCUCGUGAUCUAGCAUUAUCCUUCCUCUCUGCUCUCUCUACCCUCUCUCACGGCCUCGCCUUCACCCAAUUGGGAGUCGCCCUCCAUCACAUUCACUGCUGUCUGCUUCCCUCUCGGACACUCGGUCCUCCCUUUUCUCUUUUCUCUCAUCUCUCUUCGUGGUCCUCACUGUCGCUGCGUCGCACUCAAUCUCACUCACUCAUCUUGGCUCAUUGAUCAACUGUCUCGGCCUGUCCAUUGGAUUAAGAUUUGAAGGAAGAAAAGCUAUCAGUUUGAGGAUCAAAACAUGUCAGCACUCUUCAAUUUUCAUUCGUUUCUUACGGUUGUGCUAUUGGGAAUUUGUACUUGCACUUUUGUGAAGAUGCACUUUCCAGCAAUCCUGGAACAGAGAACAGGGUUUCGAGGGUUUUUCUGGAAGGCAGCCAGAAUAGGUGAGCGGUUGAGCCCCUGGGUGGCUGUGGGGUGCUUCACAAUGGGUGUGUCGAUAAUAUUUUUCUGAGGAAGAAGAAUCUUAUUUGUGUAUUUGGAAGUAAGCUCCGUUUUUUAUUUGUACGGGUAAAUAUGCCACUCAUUGGAAUUUGAUGUCAUUCAAAUCAUUUCUGUGAUAAGAAGUGUAUUGAUAACCAUUGUUUCAUUAUGAUAUUAUGAACUUGUUUUGAAGGCAUUCUUUGGCAAAAAUGUUUGUUGUUGAUUAUAUUAUUUAAAAUAUGACUACUAGAUUACUGGA